CAACCUAAUUCUACACAACAACAGCCAGGUUUUCCACCACAAUCUAAUUCUAUACAACAGCCAGGUUUUCCACCACAGCCUAAUUCUACAUUGCAGCAACCAGGUUUUCCACCACAACUUAAUUUAAAAUCACAGCAAUCAGGUUUUUCAACUCAGCCUACUACAGUUUUAGAGCAACCAGGCUUUCCACCACAAUCUAAUUUAAAAUCGCAGCAACCAGGUUUUCCACCUCAGUCUAGUACAGCAUUACAGCAACCAGGUUUUCCACCACAACCUAAUUCUACAUUGCAACAGCCUUGUUUUCCAUCUCAAUCUAAUAUAACACCACAGUCAGGUUUUUUAUCACAGCCUAAUUCAAUACCGCAACAACCAGGUUUUCCAUCACGACCUGGUUCUACACAGCCACAAUCAGGUUUUCCACAAUCUAAUUCAGUAUCACAACAAUCGAGUUUUUCAUCUCAACUUAGUACUACAUCGCAACAUUCAGAUUUUUCACCACAACCUAAUUCUUCUCAGCAACAGCCAGGUCUUCCACCGCAAGCUAAUUCUACAAUGCAGCAGUCUGGCUUUCCACCACAACCAAAUUCUUCAUCGCAGCAGCCAGGCUUUCCACCUCAACUGAAUUCUACAUCGAAACUAUCCAGUUUUCCACCACAGCCUAAUUCUACUAUUCAACAGCCAGGAUUUCCACCACAAUCUAAUUCUACACAGAAACAGCAAGGUUUUCGACCAAAAUCUAAUUCUUUACAACAACAGCCAGGUUUUCCACCUCAACCUAAUUCUACAUUGCAGCAACCUGGUUUUCCACUACAGUCUAAUUCUACAUUACAGCAGCCAGGCUUUCUACCACAACCUAAUUCUACACAGCAACAACCUGGCUUUCCACCACAACCUAAUUCUACAUUGCAACAGCCAGGUUUUCCACCACAAUCUAAUUCUAUUCAACAACAGCCAGGUUUUCCACCACAACCUAAUUCUACACAACAACAGCCAGGUUUUCCA